AUGGCGGCGCGUCGGAAGCGGGAUCUUGUGGAACGGGUGCGGUACCCCAACCCCCUCCCCGAGCUGCCGUAUGCUCCGAAGCUGGUGCAUAUUGAUGCGCCCCAGCAGAAUUACCUGUCCCCUGUCUUUUCGCAGCGCAUCGCCGAGGCGCAGCAGCUGCCGGUCGCGGUCGACGCAGAAGCCGGCAUGCCGCUCGACCUCGCGCGCAUGGAAUAUCUGUGGGUGGGCGACGGAUCACAGCCGGCGGCCGCCAAAGACGAGCUCGACUGGAGCCUCGUCGACGAGGAGGACGCUUUUCUCCUCUCGGACGAAGUCGCGCAACGCCCGGCGCAGGUCAUCGAGGGGCCCGUGCAGGCGCCCGCCGCGCAGGCCGCGGACGUGACGUGGCUGCGCCGCACAGAGUACCUCGGCGCAGAGCAGCGCAGGCAGCGGCAGUCGGAAAAGGCCAAGGCCGCGCCGCUCGACACGUCGCACGAGGCGCAGAUUGCGCGCAUCGAGCAGGGCUUUGCGGCGGCCAAUGCGCCGCUCGCCUCGCUCACGCAUCCCGGCAAGCCGGACGUGCAUGCAGUGGACGCGUACGAGCUGCUGCCGGAUCCAGAGACGUGGGCGACGCCGAUGCACAUUGUCCGCUUCACCUCGGACCUCGGGCGGCCGACGCCGGGUGUCGCAGACCGCGACGUGCGCAUGGACACGGCGAUUCUGCGCCCGGUCGCCGACGGCGGCGGCCAGCGUGUGUCGCUCUACCUCACGAGUGCCGAUCACCUGCCGGCGUACGCGUCCGAGACCUCGACCGAGAUGGCCGAGCCGCCGCACGUCGAUGCGGAUGCCGAGCGCCGCCAGGAUGUGGCGGCGCUGCGCUACGCCAAGCGCCGCCGCCUCGGCGAGUUCCCCAAGGUCGCCUACCUCGACGGCGAGGAGGGCGACGCAAACGAGUAUGCCACUGGAUUCCGGCACGUUCGUGACCUCGAGCCGCACGACCAGACGAAUGUGCUGGGCAACCAGCUGGCAAUUGUCCUGGACGAUGGCGCGCCGGACGCUGCGCCGGAGCUCGAGCAGAUCACGACGCACGGCACGGUUGCCGAGCAGGUCGCCAAGGAUACCGAUGCGCUCUUUGAUGCAGACGAGGCAAUGGGCGAGGCAGAUAUCGGCACAACGCUCCCGCCGCAGAGCGCCGCGGAGCGCGAGCGGCAGCAGACGAUCGUGCCGCAGAGCGAGGGGCGCAAGGUGGCGUACUACCACCGCAUCGAUAUGCGCUACGGCCUGCGUAUCCGCCGCCAGCGCAAGGCCGAGCAGGGCCUUUCCAUGCCUUAUGACGGUUUCUGGCACCGCGUGAUUGUUGGGAAUCGCCCGGCGAGCGAGCGCGAAGUCGCCAAGCGGAUGUAUGCGCGCCAAAAUGUCGAUCAGCUCGCGAUGGACGGAAUCGAGUACGCGUCGAGUGAGGAGGAAGAGCACGAAGAGGAGGAGGCGCAAGAAGAGCAUGAGCACGCGCACGCCGAAAACGCCGGCGAGCACGACGAGCAUGACGAGCACAAAGAGCACGCCGACGACCAUGUCGAACCCGCCGACCCCACCCACACUGCCGAGCCCGAGCCCGAGCCCGAAGAACCCGCGAGUGCUGCCGAAACCACCGAGCAGGCCGAGGUCGAGGCCGAGCAGGCGGAAGAGCAAGGUGCCGACUCGGACGACCCGUCGGACGAGCAAGGCGGCGCCUCUGACGAUGACGACGACGACGACGAUGCCUCCGACGUGGACGGUGAUGCGGAGCUCGCGGCAUUGCGCGAAGAAGCGCAAGGCGAAAACGAUGCGCCUGUCGAAGGGCGACGCCGGCGUCGUGAUCCUACGUCGUAG